AAGUUACAAGUUAAAGUACAGAUUAAAUAGUCAGUGGUUAUACAAUUCUAAUUUAAAGUUCUUUUUGAAAAUAUUUUUUGUUAAUUAACGCGUUUUGUAUUAUAGUUGAUAGAGUUCUGGGUUUCAUCAACAUAUUCAUACAAGAUUUUGUUUUAAUGUUUUUACCUAUUUAUUUUUUAAAUUAAUAUUUGUUUUUGUAUUAUUAAAAUAAAUUUAAAAUACGAUGGCUUCCAACUCGAAUACUUCUCAAUUUGGUUUUGUUAAAACCUAUGGAAAACCAAGACGAACACAACUGUUAAGCCAGACAGCUUUAUGGCAUGAUGAUUUAGCUGAUGAUUUUGAUAAAUGUUUAGGCAUUCAAGAUGCUCAGCAAACUACAUUUAUAUCUCCUGAACCAAUGGGUUCAGUCACCAUGUACAAACCUAAAAAACACCAAAAAGAAAAUCGUGAUAAAAUGAAAACUAUUAAUGGCUGGUCAAUGCGCUUACAAUCUACUUCAUUUGUACCGAAAGGCCAAUCUACUGCAAAGAAAAAGAAAAUUCAAAAUUCCUUUAAGUUGGGAAGCAGUUAUUUUAGAAAAAUUAAGUUACCAGGAAGUGCAGAAAAGAAAAAAAGACCUCAUACAGAUAUGAGUUCCCCAUAUCUAAAAUCGGGAGGAAUCAUGGGCACUCCAACAUCACAUACAAAACUAAAAAAAAAAUUGUGUGUAUCUAAAACUCAGUGUUCUACGCCAUUACAAAAUUCUACUAAGUUUUUUGACAAAAACUGUUCAAAAAGCAUGUUUUCUAAUAAAAAGCCAAAGAAAAAAAUACAAAAUAAUAACUUUGGUGUACCUAAUGAUGCAACUAGUACUCCAGUUUUGUUGAAAAUACAGGAGACAAUUAGAAGCAAUAAUUCCAAUGUGUUUCCAGUACAUUCAAGUUGCAAAAUAAUUCCAUUGGACGAAUCAAUUAAAAUAUCAGGAUGUCACAGUUUAUUUAAAUCAGACAAACCAUCUGUAGAUUUAAAAACUAAUAGCGAUUUGAGCUUUGGAACCACCAUUAGUGAUUCGGUUGAUGAUUGUGUUUUACCUAAAUCAAGCAAACUUUUUGACAAAAAAAAGAAAACAGUUUUGAGUCAUUCUACAAAAGGUAAACUCACUUCAGAUUGGUAUGGUAAAGUUUACAAUACCCUGUGUGAUGAGGUAAUAGACAAAGCAAAUGAGUUUAAAGAUAUACAAAACAGUUCAAUUCUUACUGAAUUAAGUACUUCUAGUACUGAAUCAAAUGCCACUGUAAUUACUAGUGAACUUAUAAGUGGUGCAAAAAUUGAAAAAAAUUGUAUUAUAGAUGAGAAUUUUACAUCACCACAAUAUGAACAGUCAGAUAAAAAUAUUUCUAUUGAAGAAGGUCAUAGUUUAGUUAAAAUAAACCAGGACGACACAGAUGAGUGUAAAAUUGUUGUCAACGAUAAUAUUUCUAGUCAAAAAUUUAAUAGUGGCAAAUCACAAAUGACAAUUAAAGACAGUGUUUCGGACGACUCCUCAAAGUCUAAUAUUGACGUAACUGUUGUUGACAGAUUAAAUAAUAUAGCUCAGUUAAUGCCUACAGAAAAUAUUUCAAGCGAUUCUUCACUUUCAGAGUAUAAUAUUUCAAUAAAUAAUUCAUUAGAAGACGAAUGUAAAGAGGUUCAAUUGUGUAAUAAACAAAGUUUAAAUAAAUUAUGUACAACAAUCGAGUUGAGUAGUUCGUACUCCACCUUAAGCUCUUCAUUUGAUGGUCUAAAGGUGUCGCCAAAUACACCUGAAGAUAGUUCAGAUAGUAUUAUAUGUAUGUCAUCUAAUACAGAUUUUAAUGUUUCGGUAAAUGCUAUUAAAAAUAUUUAUGAAAACAACCAUAAUAGUGAAGGACCGACUACACCAAUUGUUACAAAUGCAUUGUUGAAAUGUGGAAAAUCUCAAGUUGAUGCAGAACAAAAUCAUUCGCCUAAAAAUAUUUCCUAUGAGAAAAAUAACAAAUCGAUAAGUACUAUAAACAUUUCAGAUUCAUAUUCACAAAGUUCUUUUAGUUCUGAGCAAAAUACAAUAAUAAGCGGAGUAGGGGUUAGUGAGAGGCGUUUAGAAUCCCAAGUUCAAUGUUACACGUUACCAUUUAGUGAAACUAAUAAUUCCCCGAAAGUAUUGAAUGAAUUUGCUAUGGAAAGUUCAAGUUUAAAUACAAAUGAAGUUUGUGCUGAUGAAGUUGUGCUAUCAUGUUUUGCACAAGACGAAAAGUCGGAGUCGCCUUUAAAUAUCAGUGAAAACUUAUUUGAUUCAAGUUAUAAUUCUUAUAAUUUUGAGUUUAACAAAGAAAAUCAAGAUGUAGAAGAUGAUCAAAACAAGAUUGUAAAUGAUAAUGAAUGUAAAUUAAAUCUUCGACGUUCAAGUCGGCUAUUCAAUAAAUUUACUUAUGAAAAUGACUUUCAGCGUUGUAGCACGUCUAGCGUUAUUCAUAGUGAGAAACCACUUAUUAAUGAUAAACUAAAUACGUCCAGUAAUUUAUUUGAAGAGAUUUGUGAAAAUAACGAAUCAAACGUUGGUCACAAUUCAUUUAGACAUAAACGAUAUGCUGGACGCUACCAGCAGAGUUUUAGUAUGCGUCCCAUUAAAGAAGACAUUUGCGAAGAUGACAACAGUGAUCAAAACUUUACUCAAAGAUGCAUAGAUAACACACAAUCGAUUUUUUCACAAAGAAAUUUACCAAGUUUUAGAUUAGAUCCAGGCAAAAAAUGGCGCCGUUCAAUAUUAAUCAUGCGUGGUUUUAUGGACGGUAAUUUGGAUCAGACAAACAAUUUUACUCAGAAUGGAAACAAGGGUCGUAAUUGGAAUACUACUGUUGAUGAUGUUCUUCGCCGUCAAUCUAUAGAUUCAAGUAUGUACGAAAAAUUGAGCCAAAGUAUUAUGGUGAGAGAUUCCACGAGUCGUUUUAGUCAAACUUGUUCUCAGGCCAAUUUAUCAGGUAUAUCAGAAGAAUUUGCCAGGAAAUAUAUUUUUGAUACAUGCGGUCAAAGUCAACCUAUACUUUUUGAAGAAUGGUUUCACCAAAAGUCGAGGAGAAAAUGGAAAAAACUUGGUGAAGGCGUCUAUGGUGAAGUUUUUAGUUAUACUCUACUGAAGAAAAAUAUAGUUGUCAAAAUCAUUCCGAUUGAAGGUGAUACCUUGAUAAAUAGUGAACGGCAAAAAAAACUACAUGAAGUUUACAGUGAAGUAUUAAUAGCCACAGAAUUAAACAAACUGUCAGAUAAAAAUAGUUGGAAUCAAACAUCUUCAUUUUGUAAAUUAAAAAAUAUUUCUUGUGUUCGAGGACUAUAUCCUGAACCAUUAAUUUCUCGUUGGACAGAAUAUGAUAGUGCUAAAGGCUCUGAUAAUGAUUGUCCAAGUAUACUCCCAGACGAUCAGAUGUAUAUGAUAUUAGAAAUGGAAGAUGGUGGCAGUGAUCUGGAAAGUUAUAUUUUCAACUCGGCUCAUCAGAGCGUUUAUGCUUUCCUACAGGUACUUUUUGGGUUGGCUGUAGCGGAGGAACAGUACAGAUUUGAACACAGAGACUUACACAUUGGCAAUAUUCUUGUAAAAAAAAUUGGAUCUAAUAGAAAAAUCUCUUACAAAAUAGAUGGAGAUACGUAUACAAUAUUAUCACAGUGUGUUAUGGUUACAAUCAUUGAUUUUACUCUGAGUAGAAUGACAUACUGCAAUAAGCCCAUUUUCAAUGAUCUUAGUGGAGAUCCUGAACUGUUCAUUUCAGAUGGUGACUAUCAGUUUGAAAUAUAUCGUUUAAUGAGAAAAGAAACCAACGAGCAAUGGGAUUCAUUCAAACCGAAAACAAAUAUAUAUUGGCUGCAUUAUGUGUUAGAUAAAAUGCUUAGUUCAGUCCACUACAAGUAUACUACAACCAUGAAUCACAGUUCGGGUAUCAAUAUUUUGCAGGAACUUAAAGACUCAAUUUUAUCAUUUGACAGUGCUAAAAGUUUUGUAUUAAGUGAUAUUGUGUUGGAUUUAAUAAGGUAGAUUUUUUUUGCAUACUCUAAACACAUUUAAAAUAUAUUUAAAUUAAAUGUAACAUUUUUUUCUUUGGUAUAAGAGUUGAUUUGACAUUUUACUCCUAAUUAAAAUAACUGUAAACAAUUAUAUGUAUAUUAUCUAUAAAUUAUUUUUGAUAUAUAUGUAUUAUAAACGAUAACUUAUUAUUAUUAUUUUUUAAUUUACUAUUUAUAACCAUUGUAAAUUGUAGAUUUUUUUUUUAUUUACUCUGAGUACAAAAUUAAUGUUAUUGUUACAAGUCAAAUUACUAUACUACUUGUUCGUACAUUAAAAGUAUAUUAAUUGUUAUUUUAUUUUGUGCAGUUUUAUAUUUUUAAACUAUUAUUAUGAUAAGUAAAAUGUAAAUUGAAUUUAAAAUAAUUUGAUUUAUAUAAAUUU